CAUCCGGUUGUCAAGAUGGGUAUCGACAUCAAUCAUAAACACGAUAGGAAAGUUAGGCGUACAGAAGUAAAAUCUCAGGAUGUAUACCUGAGGUUAUUGGUCAAGCUAUACAGAUACUUGGCCAGGCGAACAAAUGCCAAGUUUAAUCAGAUCAUCUUGCGUCGGCUGUUCAUGAGCCGCAUCAACCGGCCACCGAUCUCGCUGUCUCGCGUGUCGCGUCACAUGAAGAAACCUGGCCGCGAGGGUCUGAUUGCAGUGGUGGUUGGUACCGUCACCAACGAUGUGAGGCUGUAUAAAGUGCCGAAGAUGACUGUGGCCGCUCUCCAUGUUACUGAAAAGGCUCGUGCCCGUAUCUUGGCUGCUGGAGGUGAAAUUCUGACUUUCGACCAAUUGGCGCUUCGUGCCCCCACCGGCCGCAAGACAGUGCUGAUCCAAGGUCGUCGUAAUGCGCGUGAGGCCGUCCGUCACUUCGGCCCGGCCCCAGGCGCACCACGCUCGCAUACUAAGCCGUAUGUGCGCACCAAGGGACAUGAGAAGGCACGGCCCAGCCGUCGCUCUAACGUGUAACUUUAUAAAUAUAAGGACUACAGCCUA